AUGUCAGAAGCAGAAGAAACUCACAUGCCUAUGGCUUUACGCCGUUUAUUUGCAACUAUUCUGAUAUUCUGUCAACCAAAAGACCCUUAUUCUUUAUGGUGUAAAUAUUUUACAUCUUUAUCUGAAGAUUUCCAACAUCAAUAUCAAGAUAAUGUUCUUAAAGUUAAGCAGCUGACCAUUAGGUCACUUGAGCAAUAUCUUGAAGCAAUGGGUAAAUCACUAAAAAUUGUAGGAUUGCCUAAAUUGUGUUUUGGUGAAGAAGAUGACUUUCAGCGUAUGAAAGACAUUAUUGAUGCUCUAGAUGCUCCUAUACCUCAGUCAUGUAUUGAUUGUAUUGAUCAUCUCAAUAGUGAGCAGUUGGUUGCUUUUUCACAAAUAAUGCAAUAUGUCCAGCUAGGGAAAUCUGGAGCAUUUUUUAUAGAUGGACCUGGUGGCACCGGUAAAACCUUCUUGUAUAAUGCUUUAUAUGCAAAAAUAAAGUUAAUGAAUAAAAUAGUACUGCCAACAGCUACUUCUGGGAUUGCGGCAGCCAACAUUCCUUCUGGUAGAAGUGCUCAUUCAAGGUUCAAAAUCCCGAUUGAUAUUGAAGCUUCGUUGGCAUGUGAUGUACCUAAACAAGGUAGCCUAGCAGCACUUUUGAAGGAAACAACAUUAAUCAUUUGGGAUGAAGCUUCUAUGGCCAAUAAAAGUAACUUAGAAUCGUUAGAUCUAUUACUGCAAGAUAUAUGUAGUAAUAACAAACUGUUUGGUGGGAAAUUGGUUGUUCUUGGAGGUGAUUUUCGUCAAGUAUUACCUGUUGUUCCGCUUAAGAAUCAAAAGGAAAUUGUGCAAUCCAGCAUUGUUACUUCAUAUAUAUGGCCUCGGCUCAUCAAAUUCCAACUGACACAGAAUCAAAGAGCCAAGGAUGAUCCAGAAUUCUCUUCUUUCUUACUUGCUCUAGGAAAUGGUCAAUUACAGCAGUCUGAAAAUGCAUAUGUUCAAUUGCCUGCAAAUAUUUCUAAACCUUUUGCAGCUAAUGUGGAUCCUGUAUCAGAAGUUUUCACAUCAGUCUUUCCAGAGUUUUAUAAAGGAGAUUUUGAUGAAACUUGGUUCACUGAGAGAGCUAUUUUAACUCAUUUAAAUGAUAUUGUUGAUUCUAUCAACAGUUCACUUAUACAACAAUUUCCCGGUAAUGUUGUUAUAUAUAAAAGUUUUGACACAAUUCUAAGUGAUACAUGUGACGUGUAUCCUACGGAAUUUUUGAAUAAACUAUGUCCUGGUGGUUUAAGUCCUCAUGAGCUUGUUUUGAAAAAAAAUUGUCCCGUUAUAUUGCUUCGAAAUCUACUUCCUUCUGCUGGUUUAUGUAAUGGGACACGCCUCAUCUGCAAGAAUUUUUUCUCAAAUACUGUUCAGUGUGUCAUUGCGGUAGGCCAAUACAAAGGCACUGAAGUUUUUAUUCCACGGAUUAAUCUCCGACCUUCUGCUUCAGUUAGGUACCCUUUCCAAUUUGAAAGGAAACAGUUCCCUCUAAAACUGAGUUUUUCCAUGACAAUAAAUAAAUCACAAGGACAGACCCUAAAUCGAGUUUCUGUUUAUCUACCUCGUCCUUGUUUUUCUCAUGGACAACUAUAUGUUGCUCUGUCACGAGCUAGGAAACAAACUGAUGUAACUGUUUUCUCUACCAUGCCUCCAGAAGAGUUCCCUUCAACUUCUGUUAAAAAUGUAGUUUGUUAUGAAGUUUUAAGAUUAGUUGAGAUUUGUUAA